GAAACCACUGUAGUAAAACAUUUUCUGGAUGACUCCAUAGCCAUGGAAUGGUCGAUGCUUUAUGUGGUGCCACUGUUGAGAGUAGUGUAAACAAGCUUGUACCUACAACUGUGAAUGGUGUAGCCAGAGUCGAAGCCAUUGACAGGGGCUUUGGUUCCAUGUCUUUCAUCUUCUAUUCCUCCAAUGGGUUUAUGGGGCACUAUAUAUUCGCUCAAAACAAGGAGGCCAUGUUUUCGGGUUCCUCCUCGGUCCAGUUUCACUGCAACUACUACUGGGUUUCUCUCUCCAUCUCCGCAGCAAUGUGAGAUGAGUAGGCUUUUGAUGCAAGGUGGCUUCCCUGCUAAAGAGCAGGUACUUGGUAUUGACUUAUAUGUCCUUUCUGUCAAUAAAUGAACUCAAACAAUGGCAAUGGACGAACAGCCCUAGGGGUGUAUGGCCAAACUUGCCCUUGGAAGAAUUUCAGAGAAAGGAAUAUGAUGGGUACUGUAUCGGUGGAGAGAGAAAGGAUGAGUGAGAACAGUAUGUGAUUAGUAGAGAGAGGACUACAUCAGUGUAUCAAAAGUACCACAGCUUACUAAAUAAAUAACAUCUCUCACUACCAAGAGCCUGAAUGGCUACUCUGAAAAAACACUGUGUAUCUCUAACAAGAACUGGCAUUUGGGUUGCUUUUGCGGACACAGUUACAUAUGAUCAUGGCUCUUUCUCUUUCUUGCAAAAGAGACACAAAUCCUGCAACAAAAGACCCAAGAAGAAAAUCUAUCACAGAGUCCCUGAACUGGAUAGGGUCAUGGAGCUGCAAAAGAAGCCUUCUCUCAUUCUACACCUCAAAGACAUCGUCUUUAAACAGAAGAAGCACUGCAUUCUCCUUAGAGACCUGGAAAAAGAAGUGGGUGUCAUUCAAAAAUGGAACUUCAUGUCUAUAAUUGAGAGGUACCCAUCAAUAUUUAGAGUUCAUGGAGGAAACAGAAGACCCCAUGUGUUGGAAUUAACUGAUAAAGUACUAACUUUGGCGAAGGACGAAGAAAAGGUGAGAGAAAACAUGGAACCCAUUGUUGUUAAGAACCUGAGAAAACUCUUGAUGAUGUCUAUGGAUUGUCGAGUCGCCCUUGACAAGAUCAAUUUGAUCAGAUUGGAACUGGGUCUUCCUGAAAAUUAUGUUUCUGGUAUAAUUCUUAAAUACCCAGAAUUUUUUAAAUUGGAUGAGAUCAAUGGAAGGGACUACGUUCUGUUAGAGAGGUGGGAUCCUGACUUAGCCGUCACUGCACGUGAGGCGAGCUCAAAAGGAGACAACUCUUUGGUUUCUGGUCAUGGCAAGAAGGUCCCAGUAUCAAAAGAUGGUAAUUUUUUGGGCCCAUUUUCUUUUAAAUUGGAUUUUCCACUUGGCUUUAGGCCUAAUAUGAAGUAUCUAGAGGAAGUUCAAAAAUGGCAGAAACUAGCAUUUCCUUCUCCUUAUUUGAAUGCUCGACAAUUUGAUCCUGCUAGCUCAGCUGCAAGGAAACGAGCAGUUGCGGUUCUUCAUGAGCUUCUGAGCUUAACACUGGAGAAGAGGUUAACUUCUGCUCAACUGGAUGUUUUUCAUGCUGAGUAUCAGUUACCUUGUAGGCUUUUAUUAUGUUUAGUUAGGCAACAUGGGAUAUUCUAUAUGACCAACAAAGGAGUUAGAAGUACUGUAUUUCUUAAGGAAGCUUAUAGGGGGUCUAGAUUGAUUGAGAAGUCCCCUAUAUUAAUAUUUAAUGAUAGGUUCUUAGAGCUCAUGGGUAGAAGGGAAGUGAAUUUGGACUCUGGGGUGCCUUUAUUUCAUAUGGAUGCUUGAAAUUUUGGGGUUUAUGGCAAUGAGAAAGCUACUGGAGGAGAGUUGGUGUUACGAUCUCUUGGAAAGUAUGUCUACUCGGGAGAGUAGGUGACCCUGUAUACCAGGAAGACGUCGCAUUGUCACCAACCCACCUAAAGUCCUGGCUACAGUUGAAAUUUCAGAUACGCUAUGCCAAUUUCGACAUCAUCACUGACAAACAAAUUAUCAUUGACGUAUACUCAUAUUAUGACAACUUUAGAUCUAUUUAUAGAUUAGGGAUAGACCACUCUAUUGGUAUCCUGCUGCCUUGUUUACCUGAAUUGUACAAAUUAACCUUGCAUUCUUUGAGUUUAUAUGAGGCUUUUCGUAGCUAACAAACAUGAUAUGAAUUUAUGAUCUGAGAACAAGGAAGCCAAUGCAUGAAUAUUUCUUCUGCUAGAGGUGGUGCAAAUGGCAUUCUUUGCCGUAAGAAAUCGCAAGUCUCAUUGGGGUUGUGUUGGCUACAUGCGAGUUUGUUUCUUAGAGUCAAUACCGGACUCGGUCAUAUGAACCUAGCUAUUAAGGAGUUUUACCUCCAUCUAACACUUAUGUCUACUCAACUUUUAGAUAAAUUUACACAGUGGCUUCUCUGUUUUAGUUCUAAUAAUGCGAGGCUCAAGCGCUUUCUACAUCUGUUGCUUGCAAUUCAUCUGUUGUAGUUUGUCGCAAACAUGAUUUAGAAGGAGCCUCUGGAUAUGUCUGGAUUAAGAAACUAAAGCAAGUGAAACAAGAAAUACUCUACAACUUCGAGUGAGAGAGAACAUGAUAUAAUGAAGUUUGGGAGAUAGUAGACAUUCAUCCUCAACAGAUUGAGACAGGCUUGUUGAUUGGUCACCCCAAUCAUCAAUGCCCUCAUAAAUACAUUUUAUUUUGCAUGUAUACACCUUUAUAAAGUAAUUUUGUGCAGUGGUCAUUCUGGAUUUGAAAAUCACGUACUGGUUCACAAAGUAAACUUUUCUUCUUGGCAUCUUUGGCGUAAAACAGAUUUUUGGAACAGACUGUAUGCUAUACUUGGUUAUAGUAUUGGGUUCUCAUACCCCGUGUUUACCAUCCACA